AUGGCAUUUAUAUGGAAUGAAAAAAGUAAUUUUAUUCUUAUACAUUUCGUUACUCUUCAUCAACAACAAUCAUCAACAUCAGAUAUUAAUUGGUCAUCGAUUGUAAAGGAUAUUAGUCUAGAAAUUUCUUCAACUCCAACUUUAUUAAAAAACCAAUAUGAACAUUUACUAGAAACUCUCUAUUCAGAAAAAGAUCCAAAAUCUCUUUAUUCAACAUUAAAACAUACUUGUUUACAUUCAUUAUGUCAAAAAAUAGAAGAUAAUUUACACUCAACACUUGAGGCUGUCUAUGAAUUAAUAAGACAUGCACGCUCGAAACGAAUUACUGCUGAGGAUAUUGAACAACUGCUUAAAGAAUGGAAUUUUGAUUCUUCAUCUGAUGAUCAGAAAAAAAAUAAGGAUCGUCUUUUAAAUAUAUUAAAUCGUCUUCGUCGUUAUAUUCAAACUCUUCCGAACAAUGAUUCUCAAUCAAUUCAUCAUAAUCUAUCAACAUGUUCAAAUACGAAUGAACAAUCGAUUAUUCAAGAAGAUAUACAAGAUGAAGAUUUAGAACCAGUAUCAGAUAAUGAUGAUGAUAUUUCGUUGACAUAUGUUUCUAAAACUAAACAAAUUCAAUUGAUAAAUAUCAAUAAUGAUCGAAUUGUAAUAAAUAAAAUUGAACGAGAAAAAUCUUCUACAACUCGUCGUCGUAGUCAAUCAUUAACAUUAUUUGAUGGAAACAAAGAUAAUAAAGUAAAUAUUGGAGUAGAAUGGUUUGUACCAAAAUUAAAACGUCAACAGAGAUCUUCAUCUUUACAUGCUCGAUGUCAAUCACCAUUAUCAAUCGAUUCUUUAUUAGUACAAAAUCAAAAUAUUAAAUGCAAUAACAUACUUCUGACGACUAUGGACAAUGAUAAAUCUUCAAAUUUGAUGGGUAAUUCAAAUGUUCGACAAACACAUACACAGCCAAGUAUUUCAUGGUUGCCACGUACAAAAAAACAGAUUGUAGAAAAAGAACAUCGACAAAAAGAACCAAGAUUAUUAAUUGACAAUGAAGAAUGUGAUCAAAUAUCUUCAGAUUCUGAGCCAAUGGAGGUUCAACAUUCAUCACAUCAACAGGAACAUAGUUCAUGUAAACGACAACGCCUUUCUUGA